AUGGGUGCCGGCCAAAAUAGUCGUACCUACAGCCGUCGCAAUAUAUAUCAUAAUAACGAUAAGCUUUUCCGAUUUGACGUACUUGUGUUCUCAAUGAAAUUCAGCGACAGGUGUUCCAGCGGCAAGUCGGUAGAUGUCAGUGGUCAGGUGCUGAAAACUCUGCUUGAAUCGAAUGAGAGCUGUACCGCCGUCGUUGACAAACAUUUGGUUGUGCCAGACAACUAUGACGAAAUAGUGGAUACGUUGAAGAAGCUGUCGUCGGAAUGCAGUGGAAUCGACGUAGUCAUUACUACCGGUGGAACCGGGUUCGCCGUAACAGAUGUAAUUCCAGAGGCUGUCAGAGCGGUCUGUCACAGACGGGCAAAUGGAUUAGAAGUAGCCUUGAUCGUUCAGUCGUUGAAAUCAACACCUUUGGCAGCUCUCUCGCGAUUGGCUUGCGGAAUUCGAAAACACACAGUCAUAAUCAGCCUUCCCGGCAGUGCCAAAGCUGUUGAAGUAAGCAUCGAAGGCCUGUCAGUUACCGUUUACAUGACCUGCUUUAAUUUGAAUUAUUGUAAUGAUUUUUCCCUUCUCCAUAAAUGACC